CAAAAGGUAAACUUUAACACGUGUUGUCGCUAUCAAGCAACAAGAGUCCUGAAUUGGUCCUGAAACCGCAGUCCGCAGUGCUGUAUAUUAGUGUAUAUAAAUCCGUUCUUUUGUAUAUGAAGAUGGUAGAUAAGGAAGAUAGUGAUUCGGGAGAAAGUCAGGAUUAUGAAGAGGAUGACAAUGUCGGCAAAGAAGAGAUGGGUACGGAGAGCGAGUCAAACGAAGAAGAAGAAUCAUCUGCUAAUGGUUCAAAGUCUAAGAAACGUCUCUUGCCUCCUAUCAGUCCUUCCGCUGGAGGAGAGAGCAAGAAAAAGAAGUUAAAGAAGGAGCUAUUCAAACCACCGACUGCAGAAGAAAUGACCCGUCUGCGGGAAACUGAAAAUCUGUUCCACUCAAACUUGUUCAGAUUGGAGAUAGAGGAAAUGAUGAAAGAAGUCCAGGUGAAGGAGAAGCACAAGAAGAGGUUCCAAGGCUGGUUUGCACAGCUGCAAACGUUUCUGGGCAACUUGAAAAAAUCUCAAGAAUUUGAUUUGUCGAACCUGUCUUGGCUGAAGAAAUCUAAUGUCACAAUUCCAGUCAACGUGGAUCUCUCAAAGUUUAUUGGAACUUUCACAUUUUUUAAACCUGCAUCUGUUUCUGUCGUUGGUUCUUAUGCUGCCAACUGCUGUCUUGCCCCAAAUAUCGAAAUUGACGUCAGGGUUGAAAUGCCCAAGGCUUCAUUUCUACGGUCCGACUUCCAAAACCAAAGGUAUAUCCUGAAAAGAGCACUGUACGCAAGUUACGUCGCCUCUAAACUACAAACAAGUAACUUGGCUGGCAGUCUGGAAUUUUCUCUUCUUGAGGGAGACCCAUGGAAGCCGAUUUUGGUGCUGCAGUGUGAGGAGAAACUUGGAAAGCACAUCAAAGUGAGACUUCUCUUUGUCCCUGAGGCCGAAUGUUUCAAAAUGAGCCAGCUGGGGCCUGACAGGGCAAACAUCAAGAGCAAGUGGGCCACAGGCAAAGAGGACGAAGAUGCCAUUGAUUUGCCAAGUCAGUUUUACAACCGCAGCCUGGCGCUUGACGCAGCGCUGACUGAAAACGAGCAGUGGCGUCUUGAGGCAAUGCAAGAGCAGAAAGCUCUCUCCGAAGGCAUCAUGUUGCUCAAGGUUUGGCUAAAGCAGAGGGGACUAGAUCAAGGUUUCGGUGCUUUUUCUGGCUACAUCAUAUCCAUGUACAUUGCCCAUUUGCUGAAAACUCGCAAGCUGAGUGCUGUCAUGAGCAGCUAUCAGGUUGUCAGGAACGCUUGGAACUAUCUUGCUAAAGAGGAUUGGACGACAAACGGAAUAAGUUUGUGCCAAAGUUCAACUGGUCCGUCGAUUGAAGAUUUCCAUCUUUUGUAUGAUGUUGUUUUUGUUGAUGUAACUGGAUACGUAAAUAUUUGUGGAAACAUGAGUAAAGAAACGUUUCUGCAGGUCAAGCAAGAGAGCUCUGUUGCCAUCAAGUGCCUCGACAACCACAACAUAAAUAGUUUUACGGCACUUUUUAUGACUAAAAUGCCCUUCUACAGACAAUUUGACCACAUCUUAAGCAUAGAGGCGUCAUCGGUGAAAAAGGCAGAGAAGCACAUGGACGCCCCUGCUCGUCUUGACACCAGUGGCCCAUGGUUGGCACAGCGUGCUAUGGUCUCUGUGCUGAGUCAGGCGCUUGGCCAGAGGGUCCACCUCAUCUGCAGUCAGCUCUCGCAAGCACCAUCAUGGUCUCUAGUGGACGACCCACCCGACCCCUUUGAACAGCCUUUGGUCAUUGGCCUGGCUCUUGACCCUGAACACGCCCUUGCCCUGCUUACAAAGGGACCUGUGGCAAACCUUCCUGAGGCUAGAGCAUUUCGUGAGUUCUGGGGUGAAAAAUCAGAGCUUCGGCGUUUCCAGGAUGGCAGCGUGUGCGAGGCGGUCGUCUGGUCAGGGGGAGGCAUGGCCCAAAGAAGGCUCAUCUGCAAGGAGGUUGUUUCUUUUGUGGCUCAAAAGCACCUGGGGCUUGACACUGGAAGUUUUGUGUAUGUUGCUGACCAGUUUGAGUCCAUUUUGGAGCUAAGUGAGGGUGAGAAUGGCGCGUUAGCCAUCACAAAGGCAAGUGAUGCUCUAGGGCGGCAGUUGAUGCAGUUGGAAGGUCUGCCACUGGACAUAGCCUCUGUCCAGGGUGCUGCCCCAUGUCUUCGAUACUCGGACCCCUUCCCUCCGAGACCUUAUACGGCCUUCAAGAGUAAGGGUAAUUUUGAAACGGUGGCUUUGACUACUAGUGAAAGCAAAAACAAAUACAUCGCUCCAAUUCCUGUUAUCCUGACGCUGGCCCUGAGCAGCAAAUGGCCCGAGGACUUGGAGGCUGUGCGUAGAAUUAAAGCCGCUUUUUACGUCAAACUUGGAGAGAUCCUCAAGCAACAGGCCAAACUCAUUUCCCAACCUUAUCCAACCCACAUUGAUGUUUUGAAGGAGGGAUUCGUUUUUCGGAUGCAAGUUUAUCACGCCAGAGAGAUUUCGCUGUUGAAAGAAAUGACCACCCCUCAAGGGCUGAUCAAAUAUAAGGACACAGAAGAAUCUCUUGCCCUUGAAAUGAAAUACCAGCACUUGCCUAAGUUAACGUCUGCUCUUCAUGGGUUGCACAUGACCUACCCUUCCCUAGGUCCUGCCAGUUGCUUGGCAAAACGCUGGGUCUCCUCACACUUGCUGCUGGACGAAACGCUGAUGCCAGAGACUUGUGUUGAGCUGCUGAUGGCUUCGACCUAUCUUACUCCAGAACCCUAUCAACCACCCAUGCAGCCGCAAACAGCUUUCAUCAGAUUUUUGCAAAUGCUUGCCAAAGGCCCCUGGACUUCAGAGCCCAUCAUACUAAAUUUCAGAGAAGAGUUGAAAAGGCCCGAAAUAGUUGAGAUUGAAAACAGAUUCAACAGCGAAAGGAGUACUCUGCCUCCUUUGUUCAUAGUCACACCAGAAACUCGUUCUGGAACGGUGUGGACCAAACACGCUCCCAGCAGUCAGAUUCUUUACAGGCUCACCCAAUUGGCCAAGGCGUCUCUGCAGACUUUUGAUAAUGAGCUUUUAUCCAAUGAAAACUUGGACUACAAGUUGAUAUUCCGCACCCCUAUGAACAUUUUCGACAUUGUAAUUGACCUCCAGCCUCAUUGUUUGAGGCGCGAAGAGUCCCUAGAUGCUGUCCAGCCUGAUAGGUCAAAAGCAACUCAAAUUGGAGAUCGAAUUCCAGUUGUUGGUUUGGACCUUGUACAGUGUUUCUUGCAAGAGCUAAGGGACACAUAUUCUGACCACGCCUUAUUUUUCUGUGAUCGACACGGAGGCAGUCAGAUAGGAGUUUUAUUCAAGCCUAAUGUAUUGCAGACUCAAGAAUUUAGAGUCUCUCAUGUAAAUGGACACAUUCCGAAGCCGCCAAAGCAGAUGGAGCUCAGCAAAGAUGUGUUUGUGGAAGACGUCAAGAUUCUAGGGGAAGGUAUUGUCAAAUCUAUCACCGUUAAAGAAUAAGCUGUUCCUUUUUUGUGGAAUAAUAAACCCACGUCUCUAAAAAAAA